AUGCCUCCAACACCUAACCAGAUGAUAGACUGCCGAGUUUAUAGGGCAGGUAAUACCGGCAUAUGCUUACUGCGAGGUGACUGGCACGCUGCCAUUGCAGAAGUACAUCAUGUUGCUGCAAGCGCUUCAAUUCACUUUUUCAUUAAAUCAGGAAAUCCUGAGCAAAUUCCAAUGUCGCCUCCGUCAGCUAUACUCUUUGCUGCAGCUCUCUCUGCUGCAGCAGCAGCAAACGCCUUUACCCAAUCACCCCUCCUCCAACUUCCAAACUUUCUGACUGGCCAACCGGAGCCGCCGCAACAGCAUCCACCUAAGCAGGAACCUGAACAGCAAAAUUCCUCAGCAGCUGAGAGAGGUUCCUCAGCAAGUGCAGGAUAUUCCUCAGCAGCUGCAACAGAUUCCUCAGCAGCUGAGAGAUAUUCCUCAGCAACUGCAGGAUAUUCCUCAGCAGCUGCAACAGAUUCCUCAGCAACUGCAACAGAUUCCUCAGCACCUGAGAGAUAUUCCUCAGCACCUGCAACAGAUUAUUCCUCAGCAGCUGCAACAGAUUCCUCAACAGCUAGCCGGUACCGCGCUGCAGCCGCGGAACCAGAAGCCUCAGGAUACGGAUGCGAACUCGCUGCAGCGGCUUCCUCUGGACCUGGAUCUUCUUCCACCACUGGAGGCGAUUCCUCAACAAGUGCAGCAGAUGGCUACGCAGCUAGAGCAACUUGCUCAGCAAACGCAGCAAACUCCUCUGCAACCUCAGCAAAAUCCUCAGCAGGCAGACCAAGCUCCUCAACAGGUGGAGCAAAAUCCUCAGCAGGUAGACCAAGCUCCUCAACAGGUGGAGCAAAAUCCUCAGCAGGUAGACCAAGCUCCUCAACAGGUGGAGCAAAAUCCUCAGCGGGUAGAUCAAGCUCCUCAACAGGUGGAGCAAAAUCCUCAGCAGGUAGAUCAAGCUCCUCAACAGGUGGAGCAGAAUCCUCAGCAGUCACAGAGAAUGAUGUUUGUCCCAUUCGAGCCGCUGCAGCUGCCACUGCCCCUCACCAAUCUCGACAUUAA